AUGAAAGUGGCUGACCUUAUUGACCACCGCACAAGACAAUGGAACAGGCCAUUAAUCCACACUACAUUCCUAGAAUCUACCGCGGAGGAUAUCCACAGGAUUAAGAUUGGUGAGGGGGGUGUUCGAGACAAGCUUUGUUGGAAGGAGAAUAAGAAUGGGUGUUUCUCCAUGAGGACAGCUUACAGAGUAGCCGCACUUCGACUCAAACAAACAGAGAAUGUUGAACACUCCACUGCUAGAGAAGACAAAAGGUUCUGGAACAAGAUGUGGAAGCUCCCUAUACCCCCAAAGGUCCGAAAUUUCAUGUGGCGAGCGUGCUCUGAUAUACUCCCAACAUCUGCAAACCUAUGCCGAAGAAGAAUACCUGUGGAUCCUUCUUGCACUAUCUGCAGACAACAUGAUGAAACAGUGGCUCAUGUUUUAUGGGAAUGUCCAUUAGCGAGGAACGUUUGGGCUAUGGUAAAGGGAAAGUUGCAGAAAUGCAAUUCAGAAGCUCAAAACUUCUACACUCUUGCCCGACAAAUGGAGGAAAAGCUACCAAAAAAGGAACUGGAGGUUUGGGUGAUAGUGUCGUGGGCCAUCUGGAAUGCAAGAAACCGGUUCCACUUUGAAGAAAAGCAAAGCAUGCCCAACGAUAUCCUGCAUGGAGCAAUGACCCUGCUACAGGAGUACCAGGAACUCUGCAAGACCUCCAUUAGAACCUGA